UGUAACAGAAGCCCUCAAAGAUUGAGGAAAGAUGUACACGUUCGUAAGUAUUUGCGUGAAGGGGUGAGCGAGGACCGUCAGUACCGCCGCCGGCCGCUACACCAGCUGAAGGGUCGCCGGGAUAAGACAGCUUUUUAGCCUUUACUACUCACCAAGUCCACCGCCGCUGCUUGUGAGGAAGCUCCAAGAUCACAGCACAUUGUUCUGCAAGCUUCUGGCUAGUCUUUACAGGAAUGUUCUUGAAGAAAAGUUGCAAUAUUCUUUAUCGACAUGAAGUUAACUCUCUGAUUCACUGGAGGAAUUGUAGCUCACUAAUAAUCAAAGCACGAGAAAAACUUGCAUCCCUUGGGGAAGGACAAGUUUCUCUGGUAAAGGAUAAUGGAUCUGGGAUUGCAACUAUCACAUUGGCACAUGAACAGAAAAAGAAUGCUCUUUCAGGUAAAAUGAUGGUGCAGUUAGCUGACAUUGUUGAGGAAUUAGACUCCUGGUCCUUGGGAAAGGGUGUGAUCCUGCAGGCUCAAGGAGAUACAUUUUGCUCUGGUGGAGAUUUGACUACUGUGAGAGCUAUAAGCAAUCCUGAGGAUGGAUUAUUAAUGUCAACUUUCAUGCACAAAACUCUCACACAACUCUAUUGCUUACCGCUUAUCACAGUUUGCCUUGUACAUGGCAAAGCAUUAGGUGGAGGAGCCGAGCUGACAACUGUUACUGAUUAUCGAAUAUUGACCACUGAAGGGAAAAUUGGUUUUGUCCAGGGUCGAAUGGGAGUUGUUACUGGUUGGGGUGGUGGAACAAGGUUGGUUAAACUUCUAGGCUCUCGUUUUGCACUUGAACUUCUUAGCACAUGUCGAAUGCUUAAUGGAAACGAAGCAUUUGAAAUAGGAUUGGCAGAUCAUAUUGUUGAUGUAGUAAAUAGACACGAUGAAACAAAAAACUGGCUAACUGCCAGAAUAUCCCAUGAACCAGAGGUAAUUCAAGCCAUGAAGAAAAUACUUAUUGGUGCUCGAGACUUAUCCCUUGAAGAUGGGCUUCUGAAUGAAAGACUGAAUUUUGCUCCAUUAUGGGGAGGACCAGCCAAUAUGAGAGCAUUGGAUAAAAAUAUUAAACAUAAAUGAAUUUUAUUAAAUAUAUUUUUUUACUCAUCUUUAUCAGAAUUUUUUUUUUUUAAAUGUAUGAAAAAUAAUAAUAUACAUUAGAGUAUAGUUGAUAAAUACUGUGUGUACAUCCAUGUGCCAGACUUUGCCAUAAUGUUGAUAGAAUGGGUUGAAAGUGUGAGUGCAAUUUGAAUUUGUACUCAUUGGUGAAAUGAAAUCCUAUGUUUGUUGGGUAUAUAUCUUAGUUUUGUAAAUAUGAAGUAAAUUGUAGAUUUAUCAACUUCAAUAUGAAAUAGUGUCACCUAGAUAAAUGUGGGUAAUUACUUCAGUAAUUACCCAAGUGUAGUUACAGGAUGAGAGCUGCAGUUGUGUUGUCCCGUCUUCCCAGCACUGUCAUAUAACGCUUUGAAAUUACUGACGGUUUUGGCCUCCACUAUUAUGAAUGUGUGUGUGUGUGUGUGUAUGUACAUAUGUAUGUUUAUUUGUAAAGGUACUUGGGCAGCAGGUAUACAAAUAAAUAGGGUAUUUGGUUAAAUAUAACCUCCCAGGAAUUAUGAUUAAAGGAUCUACUUAGCUAAAAUGCAGUGCUUAACUUUACCCAUGAACUAGGCAUCACAAAUUGCAUUCCCUUACCUCGAUGUCUGUCAGAACCAGACAACGUCUUCACCACAGGAGUUUAUAC